AGAGAGAGAGAGAGAGAGAGAGAGAGAUUUGGUAAGGCUUUCUUCAUUAAGAUUAACCAUGGAGAGUAUACGGAAAAAAAAAGAGCCUCUUAACAAUUUUUCUUCUGGGUCUGGGAAAUUCUUGCGACCCAUUCAUGAUCUUCUAUCAAAAAGUUCAGACAAAGCAAUGCCUGAUUCAGUAUCCGAAAGCGAUUUAAACGAUUAUUAUAUUCCAAAUUACAUUCUUGUAGCUGGAUCCGAGGCCACUAGUGCUUCACACAUUCCUGCUUGUCCAGUGAUAGUGUUCAUUAACUCCAGAAGUGGUGGUCAGUUGGGUGGGGAACUUCUUGUCACUUAUAGUUCUCUUCUUAAUGAAAACCAGGUUUUUGAUUUAGGAAAAAAGGCCCCUGAUAAAGUACUACAUGAACUUUAUGCCAAUUUAGAAAAGUUAAGGUAUGCUGGAGAUGUUUUGGCUGAUGAAAUUCUGAAGAGAUUGAGAAUAAUUGUUGCCGGGGGAGAUGGCACUGCCGGCUGGCUUCUUGGAGUUGUUUCUGAUCUUAAACUACCUUAUCCACCGCCAAUUGCUACGGUACCAUUGGGAACUGGAAACAACCUACCAUUCGCAUUUGGUUGGGGAAAGAAAAAUCCAAGCACAGACCGUCACUCUGUGCUAUCAUUCAUGGAGCAAGUAAAGAAUGCAAAAGAAAUGAAAAUUGACAGCUGGCAUAUUCUUAUGAGAAUGAGGAUUCCGAAACAAGGAUCUUGUGAUCCCAUUGCACCUCUUGAAUUACCCCAUUCUUUGCAUGCAUUCCAUCGCAUCUCUGAAAAAGAUGCACUCAAUGUCGAGGGUUGCCACACAUUUCGUGGGGGCUUUUGGAACUACUUCAGCAUAGGGAUGGAUGCUCAAGUGUCAUACGCAUUUCAUUCUGAGAGGAAGUUACACCCAGAAAAAUUCCAAAAUCAGUUAGCUAAUCAGAGUACUUAUUUGAAGCUUGCUGGUACUCAAGGAUGGUUUUUUGCUUCUCUUUCGCAACCUUCUUCACAAUCACGGAACAUAGCACAGCUAGCCAAAGUUAAAAUCAUGAAAAAGGAGGGCACAUGGGAGGACCUCAACAUACCUCACAGAAUUAGGUCUAUUGUUUGCCUCAACUUGCCCAGUUUUUCUGGUGGACUUGAUCCUUGGGGAAAACCAUUAAGGAAGAAAGUACGCGAGAGGGGCUUCACUCCUCCAUAUGUAGAUGACGGCCUUAUUGAGAUUGUCGGUUUCAGAGAUGCUUGGCAUGGACUCAUAUUGCUUGCUCCAAAUGGACAUGGAACUCGUCUUGCUCAGGCAAACAGAAUCCGUUUUGAGUUCCACAAGGGUGCUGCUGACUAUACGUUCAUGAGAAUUGAUGGUGAGCCUUGGAAACAACCUCUCCCAGUUGAUGAUGACACCGUAGUCGUGGAAAUUUCUCACCUACGCCAAGUGAGUAUGCUUGCCAUCCCAGGUUGCCGGUCCAGAAGCAUAAACGACCUCUCUGCUGAUGGUUCCCCAGAUGAAGAAAGUGAUAGUGUUGAAGAUGAAUAUGACGAAGAUUGGGAAGAACGAAGGAAGUUUGGCUCUGCUGACACUUUCAAAAUCCCAGAUGGGGUUGAUAUAGCUCAUCUCAGCUGAACUACUGACAGCUUAACUUGUUUCCCCACCUUCUCCCGGCUAACAUCUUGCCAGUGCUCUUUUGCACAUUGACCAGUCCAAAUUUGUUCGGUUUUCAUUAUAUUUACACUCCAAUGAAAACAAUUCAUCUUAUACAGAUUACAACAGAGUUAUCUAUC